UUUGCCUUGGACUCUGAUUUAAUUUUGGAUGCUAUUGCAACCCUGACACCUUGCCUCAGACGCCACCAGAAGCACAGCAAGGAUUACAAAGUAAAAUUUUAAUGACUCUAACAUUAAGUACUAAAACUACAUGUUACUUUACAACUGAUUUAAACAGAUGGGCAUUAAAAAAUAGUUCCUUAUUCCAUUCCUUUUCCAAGAGACUGGCCAAAAAUGCUGUGGUUACUCAAGUGUGUGGUUGUAUUUUUGAUUUAGGAAUUAUGAGUCUGCCAUUUUCCUUUCUCAGUUGAACUAUAGCAGGGAUAUUUGGAUUAUUUAAGAUGUUGAAGAAAGAUCUAAAAGAAUACUGUUAGCUUUUAUGAAGGAAGAUACCUGUCCAGUUCAUUGGUAGGACUCCGUAGGAAGACCCACAAAGAAAGCAAACUGAAAUGGCAGGAUUAGUAAAAUUGUCAGUUAUAAAUGUUAGCCUCACUUAAUAAUUUCCAAGCAGUCCUGGUAGAAAUAUCCUCGAGGAAUUUUGCUCCCAAAGAAGCUCCUUAUUUUCUAUGAUGAAAUCUACUGCUGAACUCUUAUGACUACUUUUUUUCUCUUAGCUAUUUCUUAAAUUGGAUUUAAUCAUACUAUGCGAAAUAAUUUUUUUCCCCACACAGAUAAAACUUCCUGCUAUUAUACCAAGAUACCCACAUAGAACUCAACAAGCUAUCACAUCUAAAGAAUUCCAUGGAGGAAACCGACUUUAUUUUCCUCCAAUGCCUGUUCAUAAAAAAAAUGAGCCUGUAAACUUCAGCAAACUGAUUAGUAGUGGUUAUGGUGAUGAGUGGCUUCAACAACGUGAUCAAUGGAAGAAAAAAAAUACUCUGUCUAAUGAUUCUCUUCUUCCUCCAAGUGAGUAUCAGAAGAAAAUAGAAAAGAGGCAGAAAGCUAGGAAACAUACAUUGUCAUACAAAAGAAAAUCUAAAUCUCAAUCUGGACUUGAAAUGGGUGCCCAGCCUAAGAAGUCACUCUUCAAGCUCAGAAUAUUCAGAGACAUUCCAGCCAGAAUCGACACAAAAAGACAUUGACUAAAAAGCUGGUACUUCACAGAAUUUUCACAAUUCUGUGCUAUUUCCAUUCAGCACUAUGUGCAGGAAACUUACACAUCUUAGGAAGCAGGCUCCAAUAGUAAUUGCUAAUCAAGUAUAAUAGGUGUCAGGCUUCAAAAGGCUUCAAUAGUUUUCUGAUAAACUAUUUCUAAGACUUGCCUAGUCUCUUCUAAAGCCAUACCUGUUGCUUGAGAGCUGAUGAGUAGCCCUACAGUCAUAGGACACUGUUAAUAUAAGCUAUGCUUUGACAUUGAACUACUGAAAAGAGUAUAGGAAAACAUAAAAAUGAGACCAACUUGAGUUUUAUAGUGCUGACCGUAUUUUUGUAUCUUUUUCGAAGUAAAAGCUAGUUAUUUUCAUUUUCUAUGUAAUAAAUUGAAUAUAAGUGAAAAUUAUUUUUCAGAAUAUUGGAUUAUACUGGUAGUUUUAAAUACCAUUUAUAUUUUGUCUGCUUUAUACUUUAUAUAUAAACUUAUAUGAAUGCUUGAAUUCUAUUUGAAUAAACAUCAUUAGAAAUUUGAAA